GACGUCACAAUGCCUACGCGCCGCCGUGUUGUUUUUGUGCUCCCGGCUCUCGGGAAAAGCCGCCGGGAUUUCUCUACCUGAGCCAGUCCGUCCUGCGUCCGAGGGGCCUCGACAUCGCUUCUGAGAGCUCUGCCAAGCAGCUUUGCGACGGGAGCUGACGUUUCUGAGGCGGUUCUCGUACCUCCCGAAAUUUGGCGGAGGGGAGGGAGACGGGGAGACACGCAACCAUCAGCGAGGAAGGCCGGCCCCGUCCGGGGAUCUUAGAAACCCUGCGGUCCAUCAUGAAGUUCCAGUAUAAGGAGGACCAUCCCUUUGAGUAUCGGAAAAAGGAAGGAGAAAAGAUCCGGAAGAAAUAUCCGGACAGGGUCCCUGUGAUUGUGGAGAAGGCUCCCAAGGCCAGGGUGCCUGAUCUGGACAAAAGGAAGUACCUGGUGCCCUCUGACCUCACCGUUGGCCAGUUCUACUUCUUAAUCCGGAAGAGGAUCCACCUGAGGCCCGAGGACGCCUUAUUCUUCUUUGUCAACAACACUAUCCCUCCCACUAGCGCUACCAUGGGCCAGCUGUAUGAGGACAACCACGAGGAAGACUAUUUUCUGUAUGUGGCCUACAGUGACGAGAGUGUCUAUGGGAAGCAAGGCCUCUAGCCUUCCCCUUUGCCCAGCAGAGCUGCACAUGUUCCUCUCUGGGUCACCUGGGAUGCCUGAGUCAGGAGAGAAUGCUGGGAUGUCAAGUCACCCAGUCACCUGGCCGGCUGGAGUCUCGGGUUUCAUCUUUUAUUAGCUAUUGAUUUUUCUCAGCUGAAGAUCUGAGUGUGCUGAUUCCACUCAACCUAUGACACUACUAAGAUAAAUAUACAAAUAUAAUAUUUACCUUUUA